AAUGUCUUUUGUCUAAUGUCUUUUUCUACCUCAGGUAGCAUCUGUKUGGUGAGCAUCUAUGGGACCCAUCACAACCCUGAGAUCUGGCCUGACCCAGACGUCUACAACCCCAUGCGCUUUGACCCUGAGAACUCAAAGGACCGUUCAUCCCAUGCCUUCAUACCCUUCUCUUCAGGACCUAGGAACUGUAUAGGUCAGAAGUUUGCCAUGGCGGAGCUGCGUGUGGUGGUGGCGCUGACCUUGAGGAGGUUCCGUUUGACCCCUGGGGGGGUGGAGGUGAGGAGGCUACCCCAGCUGGUGCUCAGGGCCGAGGGGGGGCUGUGGCUGACGCUGGAGACCCUAGACACCCCCCAGGACUAACCCCUGACCUCCAUCUCUCCUCUAUGGAUCAGACAUAGAGAAACUGCUUUCAUGAUUUUACUGUAUAAACAUACACUGAGUAUACAAAACGUUAAGAAUACCUUAACACAGUAAAAUACAUAGGCCUAAAGACCGACAAAUAAAAACGUCAAAUCAUAGGCCUAAAGCCGACAAAAAAAAACAGUCAAAUCAUAGGCCUAAAGCCGACAAAUAAAAAACAGUCAAAUCAUAGGCCUCAAGCGACCAAAAUUAAAAGACAAAUAAAAACAGUAAAACAUCCUGAUGAAAGUGCAGGUUCUCAUGAAUCUCUCUACUCAGCCUCUCUGUCUUGACUUGAGCUAUGACUCAACGUUAUCAGGACAGAGAAACCACAUACAUGCUCUUUGCUCUCUCAGUUGGAUAGAAAAAUAAACCCGGUACUUGUUGUUUCUCACAAGUGUAUCAGGUUGUGAACGUGCAAAUAACGUUUCCACUCCGGGAAGGAGAACGGUAAAUGACUGUAAUACAUGCAUUAAUAUGAAUGAACCACAUGAUGAGAUGAACGGUACAUCUACUAUGCUACUGGCUACAUAUAUAAUGGAGAAUGGAACAAAACAAACCAUCGAAAGAGCACACAAUUCACAACAGUGAAAGUGCAGAAUUGUCAGAGACAGAGAGGGGACAUAUGGAGAGAGACACCCAUAUCUUCGCCACACAUCCCUCCCCUUCUUCUUGUUGCGACAUUUUAAAUUAGUCUGGAAGACACAUUAUCUUCACACAUGUGAGAUGUUUAUCACUGGCAGCCAUAACUCAAUAAUCAGCU